GUGUACUUUAGUUACUUGUCGAUAUUCAAAAUGUCUGUUUCAGUAGCAUGAACUUGAAUGUUGGUUCUCUUUAGUCCAUGGUGUUUUUAAAGUCUAAUGGGCAUUUCCUGCUGGAGAAAGACAUGUCUAGCGCUACUGAAAAUGAGGAGAUGGCCUGUACCCCUUCUUCUUCUGUUCCAAAAAGCACCAAAAGAGAAGUGCCAGUCCAAAAAGUUCUGUGCUUUCCACGACCAAACUUGCUGGCAAAGGGACUUCGAUUUAGAAACCACAAAAAGCAUUUUCUGUACUCAUCCAGAAGAAAACGAGAGUUUAUUCCUGAAGAAAGAAAGGAUGCUACCUAUUGGGACAAAAGGAGAAAAAACAAUGAAGCUGCCAAAAGGUCAAGAGAAAAAAGGCGCAUAAAUGACAUAGUUAUGGAAGAAAGACUAAUGUCUUUAAUGCAGGAAAAUGCACAGCUGAAAACUGAACUUAUGGCACACAAAAUUCAGUUUCAUAGGCUACAGGAUCCUUCCCAGUGCCAUAUAUUGUGCAACAUACCCCACUCUCCUUUCAUUAACAAUUAUUGUGAUUUCAGGUUUGCAGAAAGCUUAAUUGGCAAUGGACUGUCAGCAGACUUAGAACCGUUUCACAAUAUGCAUCUAUAUAACUCUGCCUUUAUAUCAAGAGAGGCUUCCAGUUCAUCAAGAGAAAAUGUACUUCUCUAUCCUUUGGAACCCAUUUAUAGAACCCACACUCUUCAAAGAGACAAGCAAACUAUCCAAGAAAAAACGGAACAUAACUUGGAAACUAAUCUUUUAGGAAGCAUUGAGGUUUGCCACAUGGGAAAUGAUAGCCCUCACCAAAUGGAUUCUAUUAAAGUACAGCCUAGCACUAUCACUGAACCAAAAAUCCUUCCACAGAAAUUCCGAAUUAAAACUGUUGCAAAUGGACACCAAGAACCCCAGGAAGACAGACAUUAUUCACAAGUGACUUCCACCGAAGGGACAUCAGAAGAUCAUCAUAUAAAUGUUCCAAAGUGGCUCAUUGCACCUAGCAUGCCCUCACAAACAAGUGCAUUUAACAUGCUGCUGCCACGUGUAGGUCACAAUCACCCCCUGCUGAAAACAAACUUAACUUUUCCAUGGGGGGCUCCAAAUAUCUCUCCCUCCACUCCAGCCUAUCCAGAAGCACCCUUGUAUCUGCCAUUAAGUGGUAACAGCAACGCAAAAGCAUUAGACCGUAACACUGGCCUCAGUGUCUCUCUUCAGGGAAGAGACAUCUUUAAGAACAAGCAAAACAACCUCUCCAGUUAAAGUACUCUUCUUUGUAAAUUAUGUUUACAGGCUCUGGUCGACAGACAAUAUCUGGAUAAUACUUGCGUUACAUCAUCAGGAGUUCUCAUUAGAGGUGUAGUACCACUGUUAAAAUUACAUGUUUCUUUUACAGUUUUAAUUGCAGAACAAGCUGUCACCUGCCUCUACUGCAUCUGAAUUUGAUGCAGAUUGCCUAUACUAAAAAGGCUAGAUUAAACAGUAAUUUGAACAGGAUAUAUUAUCCUGUCAGAACUUAUUGUUAGAAAAAAUAUUUUUGGAAAAUUAUAAAUGAAGUUAAUAAACCAAUCUCGUUUCAUAUCUAAACCUG